CAGGCCGGGCGGCGGCCGGUCUCGCGAGAGGCAGGCGGAGGCGGCGUGGCCGGGCCCACCUGCACCGUGAGGGGCCGUGCCGAUCGCGGCGGGAUGCCGAGCGCCGCCAGCCGCGGCCAGGGCCAGGGCCAGGGCCAGGGCCAGGACCGCCGCCCCGACAGUGAAGAGUCGUCUGCGUCCGAUGAUUAUGCUAAGGAAAGAUAUGGAGUGUCAUCAAUGAUACAAUCCCAAGAGAAACCAGAUAGAGUUUUGAUUCGAAUAAAAGAUCUGACAGUGGAGAAGGCUGAUGAAGUUGUUUGGGUUCGUGGCAGAAUUCAUACAAGCAGAGCUAAAGGGAAGCAGUGUUUCUUAGUUCUGCGUCAGCAGCAGUUUAAUAUCCAGGCUCUUGUGGCUGUGGGACAGCAUGCAAGCAAGCAGAUGGUAAAGUUUGCUGCCAACAUCAACAAAGAGAGCAUUGUGGAUGUAGAAGGCGUUGUGAGGAAGGCACAUCAGAAAAUUGGAGGUUGUACUCAGCAAGAUGUUGAGCUUCACGUUCAAAGGAUCUAUGUGAUCAGUUUAGCUGAACCCCGACUGCCCUUACAGCUGGAUGAUGCUGUUCGUCCGGAAGUGGAUGGAGAGGAGGAUGGAAGAGCUACUGUGAACCAAGAUACAAGACUGGACAACAGAGUCAUUGAUCUGAGGACCUCUACUAGUCAGGCAAUCUUCUGCCUUCAGUCUGGUAUUUGUCAGCUUUUCCGAGAAACUCUUAUUCGCAAGGGAUUUGUGGAAAUUCAGACUCCCAAAAUCAUUUCAGCUGCCAGUGAAGGAGGAGCCAAUGUGUUUACUGUAUCAUACUUCAAAAGCAGUGCCUACCUGGCUCAGUCCCCACAACUGUACAAGCAGAUGUGUAUAUGUGCUGACUUUGAAAAGGUUUUUUGCGUUGGGCCAGUCUUUAGAGCUGAGGACUCCAAUACACACAGACACCUGACUGAGUUUGUUGGUCUGGAUAUUGAAAUGGCUUUUAACUAUCACUAUCAUGAAGUGGUAGAUGAGAUUGCAGAUACCUUGGUGCAGAUAUUCAAGGGACUUCAGGAAAGAUUCCAAACUGAAAUUCAGACAGUGAACAAACAGUUCCCAUGUGAGCCAUUUAAGUUUUUGGAGCCAACUCUGAGGCUGGAAUACCGUGAAGCUGUGGCCAUGCUUAGAGAGGCUGGUGUUGAGAUGGGAGAUGAAGAAGAUCUAAGCACACCUAAUGAAAAGCUCCUGGGACGCCUGGUAAAGGAAAAGUAUGACACGGACUUCUAUAUUCUUGACAAAUACCCUCUUGCUGUGAGGCCUUUUUAUACAAUGCCAGACCCAGUAAACCCCAAAAACUCUAACUCUUAUGAUAUGUUCAUGAGAGGGGAAGAGAUCUUGUCUGGAGCUCAGAGAAUUCAUGAUCCUCAGCUGCUGACAGAAAGAGCCCAGCAUCACGGCAUUGAUUUGGAGAAAAUAAAGGCUUAUAUCGAUUCCUUUCGUUUUGGUGCACCUCCACAUGCAGGUGGUGGAAUAGGGCUGGAGAGAGUAACCAUGCUGUACCUAGGGCUGCAUAAUGUUCGUCAGACCUCCAUGUUCCCACGGGAUCCCAAACGACUGACACCCUAACCUGAGCUGCUUUUGAAAGUGUGAGAUGAUUUGCCCUGCAAAUAUGAUAUGAUUGAAAGAAUAUCCCCUGCUACUGAUGAACCUGUAUUGAUUUGAGCAUUAUAAUGUGCAAUAAAAAAAGAAAAAAAUCUCAUUUGCUAAAGUGCCACAAUAAUUUUUUUUAUCCUUAGCUGUUUAUUUAAAAGAAAAUAUUUUAACAGAUCAAGACUCUUUGUAUUGGCAACUGUACACAUUUUUAAUGAAAAUGUGAUACUUUGAGUUAGUAUUCUAGUGUCACAUUAAAUUGUAUCAUGUUUUUAAACAUUUUAAUGAUUAUGCAAUAAAAAUUCUGCAUUUUUAACUUAUGUCAGCAAGAUUGAGUAUUCUGAAGUACAGAAUUGCCUCAAAGCUAAAAUAACUGGAUGCUUUCAAUUUAAAAAUCAGGAGGAAACCAGCCAAUUGUUAAUUUACAUGAGUGUCAGGUAGAAAAGCAGGUGAGAAGAACAUUCUUAACAAAAAGUCUUCGUAUGAAAUUGUGAAAAUAGAUUGAAAUAAAUCUCAAAGUAACUUAGAUACAA